GUCUGUGUAUUUUUGUUGUAUAUGCGACGAGAGUAUUUUAAGAGUUUUAUGUUUUAGUUUUGUUGAAAUAUUUUGUAUAUAAAAGCAAUUUCCUUCUUGGUUCUAGUUAUCAGUUGACUACAAUACAUUGAGUCGUCUAGACCUCUUGGUUUAAUAAACUACAAAAUAAACUAAACUAAUUUACAAAAAAUCCUUAAAUCUAAAAAUGGCUUUCUUUAAAUCCUUGAUCUGCUUGGCUGUUGUGGGUGUUGCUACCGCUGGUGUCUUACAUGGUGGCCAUGCUGGUCCUGCUUUAUAUGCUGCUGCCCCAGCUGUAUAUGCCCAUGGCCAUGGUGGUCAUCCCGAUGAGGGCUUGGAUUAUCAUUCUUACCCCAAAUAUCACUACAACUAUGGUGUUGCUGAUUCACAUACUGGCGAUGUCAAGUCACAACAUGAAGUACGUGAUGGUGAUGUAGUCAAGGGCUCUUACUCUUUGGUUGAACCUGACGGUUCAGUGCGUACCGUUGAAUACACCGCUGAUGAUCACAAUGGUUUCAACGCUGUUGUUCACAAAACCGCCCCUACAGUACAUGCCCAUGCUCCUGCCCCAGUAGUACAUGCUGCUCCCGCUCCAGCAGUCUAUGCUCAUGCCGCACCCGCCGCUUAUGCUCAUGCUGGUCCCGCUGUAGCUCAUCAUGUUGCUGCUGCUCCUGCCAUCAACUAUGCCUCUGUGGCGCAUCAUGCCCCAGCUGCUGUAGCUGUUGGUCAUGGUUAUGGUGGUUAUGCUGGUCAUGGUGCCCAUGUGUAUUUUAAAAACAUCAUAAAUCGAAAAACUAACAUGUCUACCAUCAGCAAAGUUAUUAUCCUUUUUGUAGCCUUAAGUGCCACAGCUGUUUAUGCACGACCCGGUUAUGCUGUGGAUUAUUAUGAUCAUCCCAAAUAUGCUUUUAACUAUGGUGUAGCAGAUCAUACAACUGGUGAUGUUAAAUCUCAGCAUGAAACUCGUGAUGGUGAUGUAGUCAAAGGUCAAUAUUCUUUAGUUGAACCUGAUGGCUCCAUACGUACAGUAGACUAUACUGCUGAUCCCAUUAAUGGUUUCAAUGCUGUAGUAACUAAAUCAGGACCCACAGUACAUGCAGUAGCGAAGCCUGUAGCUAUAGCUCCUAAGCCAGUGGUAGCUUAUCAGCCCGUUGUUAAGCAUGUGGCACCAGCACCUGUAGUAGUAGCCUCUCCAGCUCCCUAUGUUCAAAAACAAUAUAUUGCUCCCAUUAAUUACGAUUAUGAUGAUGCUUACUACAGCAAUGGCCAGUAUGAGUAUAUUCCUCAGUACGGCUCAUAUGGUGGUGCUCAUUAUGGUGGUGCUGGUCAUUAUGGUGGUCAUUCUCAUUAUGCUGGACAUUAUUAGAAUAUUUGCAUCAACGAAUAAGAAUAUUUUUUUUUAUUUAAAUACUAGUACAACUGUUUUGUUAAUUGUAAAAAAAAUAACGAAAUCAAAAUAAUUAUGAAAUUUUGUUUCUAUUUUCUCUAUUCUAUUAAUUUAUGUAUAUUAUUUUUAUAAUUUUAAUAUUGGAUUUUACUUUUUGUAUAAAUAGUUAUUAAGGUGCUUAAGCCGCUAUAUUUUUAAUUUUUUCUGUUUUUUAUUAUAUGACAAAUUUUAGUUGUUAAGUCUUAAGAAAAUUUGUGUACUAAUGAAAAUAAUUAUUUUUAUAAUAAAUUAAAAUGAAAUUUUUAUACUAAAGAC